GCUGCAGCAGCUGGUUGAUCAUUCCUCUCGGCCGUUCCGAGUCGGGAUUGUAUCAUCUACUGUGAUAACCAACAUGAUGUCUCACGCUGGUCCCAACAGCGUAGUUGUACUCGACAACACGAUCCAAGGGUAUAUGUAUUCCCACGGACACAUGGCUGUAUGCAGGCACCCCUUGACGUCACCGUGAGAACAACGAGAACAACGAGCACAAUGUCCACGACAGAAGACGAAACUUCAACCAGUACGGCCACAGUCCAAACCCUCAUGUCUUCUUCCUCCCGCACCCGUCCUUCACCUGUAAACCCAAACGCCCAUUCAAACCAAGCCUUCCGCUCCGCCCUCGCCCCCUUCCUGCAAAACCCCACCAUCCCGCCAUGUUUGCGUAUCACAGAUCGAACAAUCCUCAUCCGCGACAAAUACCCAAAAGCCCGCAUCCACUACCUCCUCCUCCCCCGCAAUCAAACCCUCACGCUCCAUCACCCACUCACCGUACUCUCUGAUCCUGUCAUCAGGGAUGAUUUACGCGCGGAUGUCGAUGCUGCCAUAUCGAUGGCCCAAAACGAAUUACGUCGAGCGGCGGUUGUUGGAAUGGGUGGGGUCGAGCGAGUCGAGGUGAGGGCUGGGAUCCAUGCGAGGCCAUCGCUUUCAAACCUCCACAUCCACAUCAUAAGUCAAGACUUCCGUUCUCCCGCCCUAAAAAACGCGAAACAUUAUCUUUCGUUCACCAUGCCCUUCUUUAUUCCUUUCGACUCUAUUCCCUCGCUCAAGCUGUAUGACCAUGACACGGGAGGGGUUGAUGAGGAGAGGGUUGAGAGGGAGGUUAGGGUGAGGGAGGAGGGGUUGAGGAGGGGGGAGUUGAGGUGUGUCAGGUGUGGGGAGGAGUUUGGGAGGAGGUUUGUGGGGUUGAAGAGGCAUUUGGAGGGGUGUGCUGGAAGGACUGACGUUGCUAAAGGGUCGGGCGGAGGAAGCUAGGUGAAGCGCACGGUACACACAGCAACAAUGGAAAUAAUGAUGUUGGGGCCAGGGUGUCAUAUGUGAGAAACGGGAAAUGAAAUAGAAAAAAAAUGACACCUGCGAGUUUCGAUCUCGCGGCCUUUCGCGUGUGAGGCGAAUGUGAUUCCACUACACCAAGGAGCCGGAUUUAGGAUUGGCAAAAUUUGUGAAUGCUGUCGUCAUGAUGGGCUGGGUUU